CCGAUAGAUUGUGGACCGUGAUAUGCAGGCUGUGAACUUUGUGGUGGAAAAGGAGUUACAAAACGAGCAUCAUAACAACGAAGACAUCAGUUAGAUUAGAUAAAGUUUGCAGUAUGGAAGACGAUGUAGGACUAAUAAAAGCUCCUCGAAUGUGCCACAUGGUGCGUGGAGAUAAAGGAUAUGGAUUUAAUUUGCACGGUGAAAAAGGAGUCGUUGGACAAUAUAUAAGCGCAGUAGAUCGAGGUGGUCCAGCAGAUAAUGCAGGAAUCUGUAUUGGAGAUAGGGUUGUUGAAGUGAAUAGUGUAAAUGUAGAAACACUGUCACAUGCUGAAGUGGUAAAUAACAUUCGUGCAAUUCCAGAUAAAACUUCGCUGUUGGUUGUGGAUAAAAUAACUGACAAUUACCUAAGAAAGAUCGGGCAUCCUGUGACUGCAGACCUUGUUAAUUACUCUUCUGUUCAUGAAAUUAAGAUUUCUGGAUCUGGUGAAAAAGAUCUCAACAGUACAUCAGACACUGAUGCUGUUGAUGAAGUCACAGACGAACCUCAUGAUGAUCUCCCAAUUACUAAUGGUGAUGUAAUAGCAGAAUUAUCAUUAAGUGAUGGUGAUGGCAAAGAGCCUGAGGAAUCUGCCAGUCUUCAAUCUAAGCCUGUUUCUGCUAAUGAACCUGAGGAUCCUGUUUCUGUGGAGGAUCCUGUUGUAACACAGGAAUCAUUUUCAGCACAGGAGACUGCAUCAGUAGAGGAAGCAGAGCCCUCUUUUCCAACAUACGAAUCUGUACCUCAAAUGAUAGCAACCACAGAAAACACAAUUCCAGAUCAGUCAAGCGAAGUAACUGACAUGGUUGAUGGCACAGCUCCUUCUGUUGAAAACAAAGACACAACAGAACCUGUCAAUAAAAACAAUGUCAACAACGGUGAUGUAGCAAUGGUUCAUACACAUGCUCGUCCUGCAUCCGUCCCAAAGAGGAAGCAAGUCAAACAAACAAAGACAGACUGGAAAGCAAAGCAAGAUCUUUUCAAUAAUUUGUAAAAAGUUAUCCAACAAAAAAGUAUUUUUUUAAAAAUGCCCCUAUAUUUGUGUGAUUUUGUGAUUGUGAUAAAGUUAUUAGACCAUAUAUAGAGAGUUUAUGUUUUACCUUAUAUAUAAUAUACACUGUAGUUCUAUCAAUCUUUAUGUCUGUGUCUGAUCAGUUGAUUUUGCUGAUGUGACUUUAUUAACAUUUUUUAAAGUUAAAUUUGAAUCAGUUGGAAGGUAUAGCUUUACAGGUAGAAGUGUUGGGACUUACACAAACCAAUUUUUAUUCCUUUGUACAUUUAGUGUUCCUAUAUAAAUAUAUAUAUGUUCUUUAGUGUUUAUGUAGUCACUAUUGUGAAAUCAAUGUUAGUACACUUUAUUAUAUUAUAAGUGUUAUAUGGUUGGGUGGGUGUGACUGAUACAUGCUGAAAAAGUAUGUUUUGAUAUGUAACUUUGAAAGAAAAUUUUUUUAAAUCCUAUUCUGUUUUUGUAACCGUUUCGAUUUGGAUUUAUUUGAGAUUAGAUAUUACUCCAUCAAUUUUUAAGUCUUUUGUAGUGUUCAAGAACAAGUGUCUGUUUCUAUUCAAUUGUUUUAAUAUUAUUUUUUGGAAUUUUUAAUGUGGCUUGUAGAACACUGCUAUAGCAUUUCCAAAGUAAGUAAGAAAUGUGACCAUCUUAAAUUUAAAGUGUUAAGUGAGAACGGUAUUUUUAAAAACAGGGAUCACCUAUGUUUGGGUCUGCCUCAAUUUAUCUUAUUUUUCAAAUUUUUUUUAUUUUUUUUUUGAAUAAGGUUAUAGAAUCUAUUGCGUGCUUUUUGUAAACUAAUGUUUUAAGUGAUUUCUAUGUGUGUACUUUCCCCAAACGAUUUGUAAUUUGUAAUAUAAAUUUGAUUAGAAAGUUUUAAUGUCUUAAAGUAUCUAUACACCAUCAAUGACAUUCAGAUUUUUUAGUUGAUACUAUGGUAGUUGUAGACCUUUCUUAACAGAGAAAAAACAUCAAAAAAGUCAACUUUUUACAAUUUAAACAAUUUAAAACUAUUGAAUUCACAAUUAGAUUGCUUUUUUAAGUAUUAAUUAAAAACUAGAUUAGCAAUCAAAAAUUAGAUCAGCGUCUGACUACCAAGAACUAAAAAUUGUGUAUUUUUGGUGCUGUAACAUGGGCACCCAUGUUAUUAUUUGAGUAUUGACUUCCUGUAGGGUAUGUCAUAUCACUCUUUAAAUGGUAUUGCAAGAGAUUGGUGUCACACACAUUCUUUAUUUAAUAUUUUUUUGUGUUGGUGUAAAAACUAUUUGCAAACAACUUUUUAUGAAAGCAGAUUUAUUGUAAAGACGUCCAUGAAAUGCAUUAUUGUCUGCAGGA